AUGAUUCAAGAUAUUUCAACUGGGGUUUAAGACUUCGACUUUCAGAGAUAGCAAUAAUUGUCAUCCCAAUAGGAUGAUGAGGAUGAUCAGAACUCAGAAACUAGCAGUGUUUUUGAUGAGAGAUAGUUUAUUCGAGUCAGCACAGCACCUCCUCGCCCAUUAACAGAUAUAGAAGAAUUUAAGAGAUCUUAGGAAUUUAUACUUUUAGAACAGGCUGUCGUUUGCUCUUAGCAUUUAAUACAAAAGCAUUACCAAAAGUAUGAUCUUGACUCAUAAGAAGGUCAAAAAAUUUGUAAAAGAUAUUUAUCCAUAGUUGAAAAAAUGUGCGAGACAUAUUAGGUUGCUACAGCAUUGAGGGAUUACAGAAAAGAGUUCUCUAAAGCAUAUAAAAUAUUAUAUAAAGAAGGCUAAUUGUGUUACUUGACAGAAAUUUUAGAUAGCGCACAAGAAGGUUUUCCAUAUUUAUGGGUAAAUGGAGAGAAGUAUGUUUUUUCUCCAGAAGUAUUGGAAGCAGGAUAAAAAUUACUUUAAAGCUUUUUCAAAAUGUAACAUAUAAUGAGAAAUGCUUACAGUAGAUCUUGCUAAGAAAAUAUAGUAAAUUGUUCUGCAUAAGCAAUUAGAUAAGAGAUAAUCCUCAGCUUGGAGAGUUUUGACGACUGUUGGGCAAAGUUUGAGCAACUUUAUGUUAUAGAAUUGAUGUUAAUUGAAACAGAUGCAAGAAGGUUCAUUUAAAAGGCCAUUGAUGUUGAAAAAGAACUUCAGUCUAUAGAAAUAAGAGAAAAAAUAAAAGGGAGGAUUUUCUUAAUGGACUCAGAAAUUACAAAUUAUAAAAAAAAGCUUUGUAAAAUAAUAUCACAGAUAAAUGCUGUAGCGAAUGUUGAUGGAAAGGGAAGAGAUGAUUUGCAGUUUGAAAUUUUGUAAGAAAGUGAAGUUAUAUUGAGAACCAUAACAAAAGAAUAGAGCUAAGCAGUUAGAUACCUAGCAGAAUAAAUUAGAAAUUCUUUUUCUAAACUAAGAAAUCUGUUCAGAAAAUAUGAACAAAAUAUAGAAAUGGUAGAUCCUUAAUUAAAAAAUAAUUAUGACUUAGUAGAAGCUUUACAGGAGUAUGAAAUGAGCUGGGAAAAAGGAAAAUCAUACUUUUUAGACCCUAAAAAGUGUAUAUUUUUAAAACAUUUUUCUCAUAUUAUCGAAGCUACUGGACAGAAACACAAAGACUUUUAAGAACAAGUAGACUGCAGAGAUGCAGAUAUAUUCCUUAAUAUUCCAUGCUUGAUGGUGCUUAAAUGCUUAAAUAAUGAAGACAAAAAUAUUUGCCGUUUUUUCCUUCCUUAACUGUAUGAACCAUAAGGAAAUAAACAUAACACUAUGUUUGAAAACCUAAAAGAAGAGUUUAAUGCAUGGAAAUAAGGCCAUAUUAAAUAAUACGAAUUCCACAAUAUCCUUGAAAAAAUCCUUUUAGGAAUAACCUUGAAUAUAAAUGAUUAAGCAACUAUUGGUGAAUACAACCGCUAGGUGAACAACAUUGUUCAUAAAAUAAAAUAGCUUGCAAUGGAAUUGCAAAGGAAUAACCCUAUGGAGUGGAAUAAUUUCUUAGAUGCUGCAUUAUGCUAGCCUCCCAGCAAUAAUGCACUCUAAUGA